CUAAAGAACUUGUUGAAUGUGCAAAGGUUUAUGCUAAUAUUCUUGAAAUUGGUUUAUUCCAAUAUAUCACCUACUCACAUCGCUCAAGAAAAAAAGUUCUAUUUAAUCCAAGUAGCACAGUAACUAAAGACGAGGUUAAUAUAGAAAUGGGAAAAACAAAGGUGAAAUGGUUUGUAAUUCCUGAGCUUAUGGAGUCUUAUAUCAAUAGUCGUGACUAUGAAAGUUUAUUUUUAGAAAUUGAAAUUGGAAAUUGCCAACUAAUAGAAAAUAAACUUAAUGGUUUACAGGAAUAA